AUGUGUAGAGUUUUAUUGGUAGCAUUGACGUUGUUAGCACCAGUAUUGUGCCAUGGCAAACAUAGUUAUGAGUUAAAGUCAGGGUAUUUUGAUGUUGCAAUGGGGUAUUUAUUUCCAUUCUGUUCUCGUUACAACUCAUUGUUAGCUACACUAUACCUGUCCAUGGUUCCUGGAUUGAUGGCGUUCGUUAUUCCAGGGUUGAGAACCAGUAGUGAUGAUGCUUUGUUUCUACCUCUUAUGGUUUCGUUUGCGUUUGGCGGGUUGAUGGGUGACGUGCUGCUUUGCCUAUUACCAGAAAUAUUUCGUUCAAACGAACUAGAUACGGCAGGAAGGAUUAUUGAUAUGAUGAGGAAUCCAGAAGAGAAGGUUGUUAGUGAGUUAAUCAAGCUGUCGCAAUACAGGGGCAGCCCGCCUUCCCUAAGUUUUGCUGUUUUUACUGGGUUCGUACUCUUCAUGGGCAUUGACAAGAUGGUAAGAAUAAUGAAUGGCGAUGACUCUGGCGCAGAUGGUCACUCUCACUCUCACUUGCACGCCUACCCUGAAGACUCGGCCGAAGCCAUUCAGUCCUCUUCAGAGGUUCAUAGUGAAAAAUCGUUAAUAAAGAAGAAUAAGAAGGAUCAAAAAUCUGUAAAAUCGUCCUCAGCAAUAAUUAAAAACCAAGUUGAUAGUAAAGAGUCGACCAAAAAAUCCAAGAAUGUUGUACCAUCUUCUCUACGGACACCCGUGUAUUUAAACUUGAUUUCAAGCUUUGCCCACAACUUCACUGAUGGCCUUGCUCUCGCGACAGCUUUUUACACCUCCAGAACUGUUGGAAUCACCACUACCAUUGCCGUGUUGAUGCAUGAAAUCCCCCAUGAGCUAGGUGAUAUUGCGAUCGCAAUUUCAAGUGGUUUUUCCUUCAAAUACGCCUUGAAGUCACAUAUUAUAACAUCCAUUGGUGCCAUGGUCGGCACCCUUAUCGGCUGCGCCAUUAACGAAUUGGGUAUCUACAACACCUUCAGUCCACAAAUAAUCCCAGAAAUUGGCAUUCCUAUCAAGUUCACAACUGAUGCAAUACAAUUACUCGGCGUCUCAUUUCAAGAUCUUCUGUUGCCAAUCACUACUGGUGGGUUUAUAUACAUCGGCACAGUGGGCAUUGUUCCUGAGCUACUAAAGACCAGAAAUCCAAAUAACACCUCCAAAGAGUGCAUUAGCAGCCUGCUACAACUAGGUGCAAUGUGUGCAGGCUUUGGACUUAUUUUCCUCAUGAAAGAGUAG